CUGGCGAGCGCGAAAAUGGCUCUGAAUCUCAGUCUCAUUGCCUCGAUUUCUCAGAAACUCCCUUGCCAUGCUCUUCCUCCCAAAUCCACUCUCAGAUCUCCCAAGUUUUCCAUGAUCUCCACCAUUCCUUAUGGCUCCAAAGAUGUUGGGAAUCUGAAAAAGCCUUUUGCGCCUCCACGGGAGGUGCCUGCUCAGAUCACCCACUCCAUGCCGCCUCGUAAGGUUGAGAUCUUCAAAUCUCUGGAAGGAUGGGCCGAGAACAACAUCCUGACUCACUUGAAACCAGUCGAGAAAUGUUGGCAGCCCGCCUACUUUCUCCCGGAUCCUAAUUCCAAUGGUUUUUAUGACCAAGUCAACGAGCUCCGGGAAAGGGCAAAGGAGAUUCCCGAUGAUUACUUUGUCGUUCUGGUGGGUGAUAUGAUCACGGAGGAAGCCCUUUCCACUUAUCAAACAAUGCUUAAUACCUUGGAUGGAACUCGCGAUGAAACUGGUGCUAGCCUUACCCCUUGGGCCAUUUAGACCAAGGCAUGGACUGCCGAAGAAAAC